CUUCCUUCUUCGUGUUUGGUCUGCUUUUGCCUUCGCCUCGGCACGACGGUUCGUGCCCUUGGUAAAAUAAUGAAAACCCGUGCCUCGCAUCCUCAGUAGGCCAGGAUGAGGCGAACCAACAUGGAUGCUGCUGAUGAUGAUGAUGAUGACGACGACGAUGAUGAUGAUGAUGAUGAGCGGAGAUUAUUGCUCCUUGCAGCGUUUUGUCAUGGUUUCUUAAUCCUGCUCGUUUACAUUUCGAGUGCAAUCUGUCGGGUUUUAGUUGUUGUUGACGUCUUGACAAAGAUGCCUUGAAUGCGGCCUGUUCCAUUCAUUUCGGCCAAGCCCCCCCCCCCCACAGCCCAUUUAUUCAUAGAAAGGUGUUGUUUCUCUUAAACGCACAAAAAUGUCUAACGCCGAUUGGGUGCCCCAGUUGGACUAAGUGAAGCGUGUUCCAAUGCGAGCGGACGAGUGGCUCUAUUUGAGCGUGAGAAAUGCGCUGCAGGAGCGUGUCAUAAAUCCACGAUUUGCCCCCGCAGAGCUCGGCCGAGCAGCACAAGACGAGGCAGAACAGAGGCCAUCUGCACCAUUUAAUCUCCUCAAAUUGGAGGGCUUUUGUAGAUUUGUAGAAUUAAUGAAUGAUGCUCGCGUCUACCUCUUGUGUGGGGGUGGGGGAUACAAUCUUGGCUCCCACUUUCUGCGGGUACUCCGGCUUAAUUACUCGCACAUUCCCAAAAAAAAAAAAACAUUCAUGUUAGGUUCAGUUAAUAAUAAUUGUCUUCCGGUCACGUGUGACUACAAUGACCGUGAGUGCUUGUUUGUCUACAGUACACAUCGUUUUUCGUUUAUCGCGAGGGUUACGUUACGGAACGCCCCACAAUAGGUUAUAUUAAGUAAUAUGGAUGGACUCCGCGCUAUGUGGAACAUCACGUGACCGAAGACGGGUUAGCUGACUUCCUGUGUGUGCUAAGCUAACGAGGAUGACUACAGUUGGUGAUUACGUGAUUGUUUUAAGCCGAAGAUGCUAACAUUUUUAAUUUUUUUUUAAUGACUGGUGUCUUCAGACAAAAGCAGGACCAAACCAGACUGUGAUGGAAGAACACAGGACCGAUUCGAUGACCGCUGUGUAGAACUGUCUCAGCAGCUCCGGUGGCAGGCCGUGCUUUCUCAGGAGUCGCAGGAAGUACAUCCUCCGAUGGGCCUUUUUGAGGACGGAGUUGAUGUCGGUCGCCCACUUCAGGUCCUGAGAGAUUGUAAUUCCCAGGAACUUGAAGGUCUCGACGGUUGACACAAGGCAGCUGGACAACGUGAGGGGCAGCUGUGGCGAAGGAUGCCUCCUGAAGUCCACGAUCAUCUCUACCGUCUUGAGCGUGUUCAGCUCCAGGUCGUGUCGGCCGCACCGCAGCUCCAGCCGCUCCGCUUCCUGUCGAUAUGCAGACUCGUCACCGUCCUUGAUGAGGCCGAUGACAGUGGUGUCAUCUGCAAACUUCAGGAGCUUGACAGUCUGGUUCGCUGAGGUGCAGUCGUUCGUGUAGAAGAAAGUUUUGGCUCAUCCGUUUAUUUAUCUGUUUUAGACAGUGACACAACACCUCAAAUGAACUGUAGUCAUCUGGAGAGACUGUCAGAUAUAACUGUGUCAUCAUCUCCAUAGCUAUGAUAGUCAAAAUUAAGGUUCUGAAGAAUUUGACCCAAGGGUAGCAUAUACAGGCUGAACAGGAAGAGUUUAGUAGAACAAUAAAACUAUUAUUCAGUUAUAUGUACGGCAACAGGUGGAUACGCGCCUGUCGCAGCAUGUCACUGGCAUAACUCGAUGAUCCAUUAUUUGUAGUAAAUCAAUAAUAACUUUCAGACCAUCCAUCCAUCCAUUUUCAACACCGCUUAUCCUGGUUCGGGGCGCUGGAGCCUAUCCCAGCUGACUUCGGGCGAAAGGCGGACUACACCCUGAACUGGUCGGCGGUCAGUCGCAGGGCACAUAUAGACCCGGAGAACCAUUCGCAUUCGCACUCACAUUCACACCGUCACUGAGUGGGAACUGAACCCACGCUGCCCGCACCAAAGUCAGGCGAGUGUAUCACGACACCUUCAGUGACGGCUUUCAGACCAAUUGAGUGAAAUUGAUUAAUUUCCCGCAGCACACCUGACGAUCUCUCACGGCCCAGUCCAGGCUGUACCCGGCCUCUCACCCAAGUUAGCUGGGCCUGUGGACGUGAGGCAUCAUGGCUGAGCAUCAGAGGCAGCGCUCUCUGUCGACCGCUGGUGAGUCUCUCUACCACGUGCUGGGAGUGGAAAAGAUCGCCACGAAUGAUGACAUCAAGCGGUCCUACAGGAAACUGGCUUUAAAGUUUCACCCUGACAAGAAUCCUGACAAUCCAGAAGCUGCAGACAAGUUCAAGGAGAUAAACAAUGCCCACGCCAUCCUGAAUGACCCCACGAAGCGCAAUAUUUACGACAAAUAUGGCUCGCUGGGACUGUACGUGGCUGAGCAGUUUGGAGAGGAGAAUGUCAACACUUACUUUGUCCUCUCAAGCUGGUGGGCAAAGGCGCUGUUUGUGUUCUGCGGUCUGGCCACUGGCUGCUACUUCUGCUGCUGCCUGUGCUGCUGCUGCAACUGCUGCUGCGGAAGAUGUAAACCUCGGCCUCGGGAAGGCCAGGAGCAGGACUUUUAUGUGUCCCCAGAGGACCUGGAGGCUCAGCUGCAAUCUGACGAGAGAGAGGUGGGAGGCGACCCCAUCAUGCUGCAGCCCACAGCGACAGAGACCACCCAGCUGACAUCGGACGGCCACUACUCCUACCACACCGACACCGGCUUCAACUAAACGGCUGCGUCCGUCCGUCCUCGCCUCGGUCCCGCCUGCUCCCCUGCGCCACCCAAGUGACAAGAAAGAAUCCAUCUUUCACAAGGAAGGCCCAUGCAGAGGAGAGGGACUCGUUAGCAUGGUCCAUGAAAGGAACUACUCAUCCCUUCCAUCCUCACCCCUGCCCCCUUCUCACUAUUUAUUUCCCAGAUUAUGACAAGAAAUUAUUCUAUUUUCAUUUCUUUUCAAUUUCAUUCCCACGCCCCUCUUAUCCCACAUUGUGCGUUAUUGUGUAGCAUGCACCAUAUUUCCUCUUUGGCAACAUUUUUACUCUUACGUGCAAUUAGUCCACAUCAGUACGGUGUGCAGUGUGAGAGCAUUGAGGCUCUCAGCAGCAUCUUGGUUUCGCACCAGUUGUCAAGCAGUGGGAAAAUGUGUUUGUCACACUCAUUUAUUUGAACAUUGCUUCACAGUGUACGGGAUGUUGUGUGGUGCUCAUCUACACCUGAGAGGAAUGUUGUCAUAUCAGCAGACAUGUCUUUCUUUUUUUUUUUUUUUUUAAACCUAAAGAUUACCAGAGAAGGUAAUGUGUUUUGAAGAACAUGACACUCGUCAUAUUGUGCAGAAGUUCAGAUGACAGCAAAAAAAAUAUUUUUUUGUUUUUUGAAAGGAACAUAAUUGUCAUCUUGUUUUGAAGUCCAUGUGUUUGGAAGUGCAUCAUCUGUGAUCACUGUUGACUCGUUUGAAUCUGCACAGCUUGUACGGAACACGGUCAGUGAUCCGGCAUCUCCGAGAGAAUCAGAUUUUUGCACACUGCAUCUUUUGGAUUUGCAUGUAUUGCCACACAUUUGCAAAUCCCCCACAGUGUGUUCGAUUUGCCACUCAGCUCAUCACGUGUAUCGACGGUUUACAAGCGGUGAGCUGCGUGUGACUGACUCUCCACCCUCUGCUAUUAACAGUAUGGAUGUUUCGUAUGAUGUUUUCCUGUAAGUAACACUUGAUGAAAAUUAGAUGUACCUGUCCCAUAGUACAUGUGCUAAAGUGAAUGCACUAAAAGAAAACUUGAAAAUGCAAGAAAACUACACUAAUAGAAUGAAUCACUGAUCGGGAGAUGACUGCACCAAAAGAACAGUAUUGAGUGCAAUUAUAGUGAAUUGAUUUUACGAUGCAUCCAUGGAGGUUUAUUUAUGUCAUACUUUGUGGUGGGGAAAUCAUUUUAACUGGUGCAGUGUUGUAUUGUAACCAUUCAAUUGUGCAAGGAGACGUAAUAGUUCAGGAUGGUUGUACAUACAGGCGGCCUAUAUCAAGUACAAGAAAUCUUUAUGUUGUAGCAUGGUUAUUGUGUGUCUGGAAGAAAACUUGGGUCAUUGAUCUAAAUUUGCUGUUGGUGAAUAAAUGUUCCUAAACA